AUGCCCUUCGUACCCCUUCCCAGCCUCGGGCUCGUCUUAUUGACACUGCGUUCCCUUAUUUACUGGAUUGCUGAAGAGGAUGGGGACGAUCAUGACGGCGACGGAGUUGAUGUAGAUGCGCAACAUAGGCACAACUACAGUAGUCCGAAGAACAACCGGGAAGACGAUAAUGGUCUUGUGACACAGGCAGAUGUGCUACCUCCUGCCGACCCAACACAAAAUCACCAACAAGCGCAUCAUGUGGAAGCAUCAUCGAUAACCUAUGAGAAAACUAGACAAGAAGACGCGCAUGAGCCUGAAAAAGAGCAGCAAGUGAAGACAAGGCUGUUCUAUGCGACUACUAGCAGCGUCGGGAGGCCGCAAUCUCCGUCAGUUACAACAGCCAGUGAAAAGGCAAACACGAAGCCCUCCAAUAGUAUGCAUAUUGUAGCUUUUUUCCCUCUCAAGAGCUGUAGAGUAGACGACGACCUCUGGCUUUGUUUCGGCGUAGCCUCGUCCCCAACCUCCUGUUGUUUCGUGACGCCUUGCAUUUGCAUGCUUGUUAACGUGUUCAGCUUCAGAAUAAUCUAGGAAAUGAUGAUAAGCUCAGUAAGAACGGGGUCCCAGUCGGAUGUCGUGUCUCUCGUCGGCUGAGGGAAAAAGCUACUUAGAUCCAUUAUAUGUACGAAUGCCACUACUUCAUCGUCCAAAAGAGACGACUUUCCGCUAUUUGAUAUUGCUGCUUAUCUCUUCAGCGGAGGAACUUUGAUCUACAUCGAUGCAGUGUUUGAAUUUGGCGAUUACAUGGGCUGGUGGGACGCUGCGGAAAUACGCGGUCCCUCGAGACCGCUCGAACGCAGCAAGGUGCGCGCGGUCAUUGAUCGCUGGCUACGAAGCAGCCGGGAACGAGCCAAAGUCGCGUCGAAUUUCAUAUACAAUAGCAGCACGCCGUUGCGCAUCAAUAAUGUAAAAGACGCGGCCGAUGAAAAGCAGCCCGGACCUGAUCCUGAUGGAGUCCACUCUAAUAUUAUUCAGAAUAUCACAUCAGUCUCUCAGAGGACAGAGAAACGCACGACGAACGACAGCGAUACUGCGGCAACCUUCGAGAAGCGUUUUGACGCUGGUGGAGGCUUAGGAGAAGGCUGCUCCAAAAGCAAAGAUAUGUGGAACUAUACGAGCUUGUUUAUUGUGACUGGCGACGUCGAUGUCAAUGGUGGUGCAUCUUCGCUUUUUGGCAUGCUCAUCCGAGUGGCAGAACAUCUUUUCGGGGGUAGGCUUGGUGCGUACCACAUGUUACGUCUCAAGCGUUAGUUCAUUAUUUUAGCAGGAGGAGGGGAGAAGUCAGUGUCCCAGUCCCUUAUCUUCUGGUACAACUAUCUCCUACAUACUUGCUUUUUCACACAUUUGUUAAAAAACUUGACAACUGCCGUAGCCUGAGAAAGAGAACUCAUCCCUUAUCAUGCCAAACCAUUUUUCGCAUGGCGGGUUCUGAAAAGUAGAUAUUGAGGAAUUUAGAAAAUGAAUUAUCGCAAAUGCGAGCUCUAAACCUGGCAGCAUGGUUGCUCGAAAUCAUCGAUCCUGAUCGGGAAAAAUGGGGCCCCUUUGAGAUCAAUCAGCUGCUUUACGACGGGAUUGAAUAUCUUUUUUUUCUACCAGGUGAACGUGAAAUGAAGAUGAAAAAAAGCGAAGCACAACAGCACGCCGGAAUGGAUAACAGCGUCAAUCAGGCUACUUCUGCUAGGCACCAAGAGGUUGACGUUGAGGUGGAUGAAACAGGAAAACUUGCAGAAGAUUCAUUGUUGAGCAUACUCGACGGAGGCGGGGCUGGGCAUACACGACAACCAUCAGUCUUGGAAGAGGCUCGCCGUUUCGAUGCUUCUGAGUAUGAUCAUCAUCGCCGAAAUCGAAGGAGGAGGGAACGAUAUCGAGCAAUCUUGCUUCUAUUCCACUACCUGUUUGUCAUGUGGAUCUCAGCGAUUCUCGGACUCUUUUGCUUAACGCUCAUCGUCAGUAAACACCACCGCAUGCUAUUCUUCUUGUCCUUUUGAUGAACAGUGGUGUAGUACUAUCGAUUCACUUACUCAUCUAGAUCUAGAAACGACUGAUCUUUGAUGUUGAAAUUUGUUUUAGCGAUGGUGACACAGCUGCGGAUAGACAAAGUUUGUCGCGCAUAUGAAGCCAAAC